AUGGCAGCCGGCGACGAGAAGCGGCGCCUCCUGAGCGAGGGCACCGGCGGGAGCUCCGCGGGGGCCGCGCACAAGGACGGGCAGGGCGCGGCGCAGGGCCAGGAGCCCGCCCUGGAGCUGGGCACACGGCGCGGCCGGCACUGCCACCCGCGGGGGGACGGCGGCCACCCCGGCCAGCAGCGGCGGGCACGCAGGAAGCUCUACCUGGCCGCUGGCAUCUGCCUCUUCUUCAUGGUGGGCGAAGCCGUGGGCGGGUACCUGGCACACAGCCUGGCCAUCCUGACGGACGCUGCCCACCUGCUGACGGACUUUGCCAGCAUCAUGAUCAGCCUCUUUGCGCUCUGGGUGUCCUCACGGCCCCCCACCAAAACCAUGAACUUCGGAUGGCACCGGGCAGAGAUCCUGGGGGCCCUGCUCUCCGUGCUCUCCAUCUGGGUGGUGACGGGGGUCCUGGUCUACCUGGGGGCGCAGCGCCUGCUCUCGGGGGACUACGACAUCGAGGGCGGGGUCAUGCUCAUCACCUCGGCCUGCGCCGUGGCCGUCAACAUCGUGAUGGGGGUGGCUCUGCACCAGACGGGGCACGGGCACAGCCACGGGGCGGGCGGCGAGCCGCCCAACGCCAGCGUCCGCGCCGCCUUCGUGCACGUGGUGGGCGACCUGCUGCAGAGCCUCGGCGUCCUCAUCGCCUCCUACAUCAUCUUCUUCAAGCCCGAGUACAAGUACGUGGAUCCCAUCUGCACCUUCCUCUUCUCGGCGCUGGUGCUGGGGACGACGCUGACCAUCCUCCGGGACGUCCUCCUCGUCCUCAUGGAGGGGACCCCCCGAGGGGUGGAGUUCAACGCCGUGCGGGACACGCUGCUGGCGGUGCGGGGCGUGGAGGCCGUGCACAGCCUGCACAUCUGGGCUCUAACGGCGGCGCAGCCGCUGCUCUCGGUGCACAUCGCCAUCAACGCGGCUGCCAGCGCGCAGGAGGUGCUGGAGGAGGCCAGCUCCCGGCUGCAGGGCGCCUUCCGCUUCCACAGCACCACCAUCCAGGUGGAGAGCUAUUCCGAGGAGAUGCGGGACUGCCGGGAGUGCCAGCCCCCCCGCGACUGACCCGCGCCCGGGGCUGUUCACGUGCGGCAAAUAAAGCAGAGCUC